CUAUAACGUGCCAGCAAAUCCGCACCGACAACACAAUGCUCAUAACACUCAUGGACGGCUCCUGAAUUUUAGGCUUUCAUACCAGCAUACCUUGCUCAACUAAUGAGGCAGCAAUAACACAGGUUUCUCGGGGCGCAUCUUCACAGUUUGACAAAGUUGUGCGCAAGGGGUUUCAUGUUGCCUUAAUUUAAUUCGAGGCGGCUGAGAGGAAUCAAACUGGCUCGUGGGGAGGGUAGUAGUGGUACAUAUAGCGGGACUCUGUGACUGGUCCAAACGCAGGAGCUGAAGAUACUGCUGGCUUCACCUUUCGGGUAGAGGCAAGAAGGUCGGGCGCUCAGCAAUGGGUUGUGCCCAGAGCAAGAAGAAGAGCAAGUCGAAGGUGGGGGAGAAGAAGCAGAGGGCGGUGAACAACAGCACUCAGGAUGGAAGUGCCAAGGUCUCAUUGGCUGAGGUGGGUGGAGGGGUGGAGCAGUAUGAGAAGCAGCUGAAGGUCCUCCAUGCUCUCCUGGCUGCCCCUGGGGGUCUUGAGAGAGAUGCACUCUUCAAAGCCCACCACAACGACCAGCUCUGCAAGGUCGUCUGCAGCAUCGCUGAGAAGGUCAAGAGUGAGACUGCAGCCAAGCUUAAUGCAGCCCACCAGGAGGAGAUGAGAAAGACGACAGAAGAGUAUCAAAGCGCGACUGAAGAGCUGAAGCGCCUCCACAAAGAAGAGAAAGUUGCCUUAAAUGCUGCACAUGAAGCCACAGAGAACAUGCUGAAGGAGAGGAUAGAAGAGCUGCUGGUGGAUCUGAAGGUGUUCCAUGAGGUGAAACGGAGAGUAGAGGAGUCUACGCUGAAGAGAGACCUACAGCGGAACAUUGAGACUCACGGCAGCCCUGGGGAAUUCUGGGAGCGGGAGCAGGAGAGUCUGCUGAUUGUCAUCGAGAUGAAGACUGAGCGUGUGCAGGAGCUGGGCAGCAAGCUUCUGCAGAUGAACACACUGGUUGAAAAGAAUCUGUCACUGGAGGACCAGGUGAUUCACAUCCUACAACAGAAUGAAGACCUCAGAGUUCGGAUAGAGAACUACCAGUCCCUCAUCCAGGAGCUGUCUAAAGACCAGCUGAGCCUGCAGGAGGCUCUGGAAAAGCAGUCGUUGGAGACGCAGAAACUGCGCCAGGAGAAGGAGGAGCUGCUCUUCAAACUGCUGCACCACGACUCCUGCUCCUCCUCCAACCCCGCUUUCCAUCGGCCUCCCACCCUCUCCGAGGUGUCCCCCAGCUGACUUCGAUAACCCCCCCACCCCCCUGGGCUUAACUGCCCCUGCCUCAAACUGCCCCACUGCAGUGUGUUGGGGGGGGGGGGGGGUAGGGGCACUUUACUGAAUGCUCCCUGGAUCACAGCGCUCCACUCCAUUCCUCAACCCUCAACCAAAGUGUUCACACUGACCUCUAGUGGUCUACUGAUGCACAUACAAGAGUGAGGUGCCUCAUGCUGUGGUGAUUUCGGUCUGGAUUGAUUUAUUUUUUUUGGGGGGGGGGGGGGGUUGAUUCAAAAGCCAUGUCUGGUGUGAUGAGUGUGGAGCCAUUAACAUGGAUGAGCCUUUAAAACUGACUGACUGUCCGUCUGGAUUGUGCCUUUAGAAGCUGGCGGUCACCUAGACUAGAGGACUCCCUCUGACUGGUUUGGUGUUCACAUUUGCUCUCACAGUGGAGCAAGAGAGUUUGUGGUUUGACUCUGUACUUUUAUUUUUAGAUCCUGUUUGUUCAUUUUUACUUUUUAGUCAGAUUUAUUUAGAUUUUUUUUUUUUGUUUUGUUUUAUCUAGUUGUUUAUUUACGUUUUGCCAUGGAAAGAUUUUUUUUUUUUUAGUACAUGCCACUCGGUGAUGGAAAAAAGACUAUGCAGUGUAUAAAACCAUGCCAAGAGAGAAACUAGAACUAGUUUGAAUUGUAUUUCCUUUUUGUUGCAGUUGUAUAUUUGUCUUUCUUUUUGUUGAUUUAAGUAGGAGACUCCUGCUCCACAGUCACUGUGGUUGGAUUGCAGACAAAAAACAAUUGUACUUAACUCAUUUGUAAGAGCCAAGAGCACUUCUGAAUGUAGAAUUUGAAGCAUGCAGAAUUGUAGAUGCACUGGCACUUUCUCCAAUCAGUAUUUUAUGUGUGAGUGUUUUUGAAAGGUGUGUGUGUGUGUGUGUGUGUGUGUGUGUGUGUGUGUCUGCAUAGAGACAUGCAGAUUUUUUUUUUUUUUUACAGCUCAUGUGACCAUUUGCCCUUAGUUAACCCUAUUUUAUAGUUUUACCAUUGUCUGUCAAUGCUAGUUCUACCUUUUUAAUUGGUGCCUUUGACCCUUUUGUUUGUCUGGAAAAUCAAGUCACAAUAAAGGGCUGAAUCUGA